AUGCUCGACCCCAACUCCAACUACGAGUUCGACGCCCUCGACACAGCGCCGCCGGGCACCCCCAUCGGUUUGCCACGUAGUCGGGGCGCCCGGCCUCCUCGCAUGGCGCCGACUGGAGCAGGCAUGGGUAUGGGUAUGGGCAUGGGUAUGGCUGGUCAAGAUGCCGCUGACGACGCUCCGGGCCUCGGCUUUGAUGCUGCCUUCUCCGCACUGGGCUCGGGCGCUGAUCCUGCCCUGGCAGGCGCGGCGGCGCUCGGCGGCAAGAUGCUCGCCGGUGAAGUGUCACGGAUGCACUCGCGGAUCGACCGAUGGAUCGACCUCCCGGCGCUCCGCUUCUACUUUGCCGUCUCCAACUCGUACGUGCUGAACAAGUUCAAGCGGCUGCUGCUGCCGUUUGCCUUCAAGGAGUGGACGCCGAGAAACGCCAGCGUGAGCAUGGAGGGCACGCCGCGCCGCCUUCCGCCGCGGGAUGACAUCAAUGCGCCGGAUCUUUACAUUCCGUCCAUGGCGCUCGUCACAUACGUCCUCCUCUGCGCUUACGUCCAGGGCGUGCAGCAGCGGUUCACGCCCGAGGUACUCGGGGCCACCUUGACAUCGGCGCUGGUUGCGCUCAGCAUCGAGGUCCUUGUCCUCAAGCUCGGCUUCUAUCUCACCAACUCGCCGCGUCCGCUGCCGUUCCUCGACGCUGUCGCCUUUGGCGGUUACAAGUACGUGUACAUUGUCCUCUGCUCGCUGAUCGGCAUCAACUUUGGCUCGAUGGCAUUUACUGGCGCCAUUGUCGUCGCCGGCAUCCUCUCCUCGGUCUUUCUCGUCCGCGCCCUCAAGGAGUUCUUCGGUCCUGUCGAUCGCUCGCUCUCCAAGCGCAACUACCUGCUCAUCUUUGUCGUCGCCCUCCAGUUCAUGCUCCUCUUCUUUAUGGGUGCUUACUACGACACGCCUGCGCGGCCGACGCUUCCGGACGGCGCUCUGGAGCCUGCAGCCGCCGCUGCCACCACCGCUGCCGCUGCGGUCGCCGCCGGUGCUGCUGGCGCUGGCGCUGCUGCCAAGCCGUAAACACGCAAGUACGUGCCCA